AUGGUGGAUACAGACGCUUAUUUUAUCAAUUUUGAUGUAAUUGAAGAAGUUAAUGGGAAAUCGUUUAAAUUUUACCACAUUCAUAAAGAAGGCAUCGGUUGGACCUUAUCAGAUUUAGAUGCUGCACACGCUAAAGACUUAGGACUAGCAUUACAUCAUUUAGAUUCUGAAAAGGAUUGGAAAACUCGCUUGAUUUAUGUAUUUAAGUCAUGUUUAAUAUGUGAUUAUUUAUUUGCUUUUUUAAGCAAAAUAUUAAUAUUUACAAAAAAACCAUUCAAUGUAACAACCAAAAGGUUGAUCAGACAAAUUCCUUAUGCAACAAGUGAAGAACAAAUAUAUGAUCCUUGA